UGUAAAAUGGGUCGAGCUUAAUAACUUGUAUAAAGGGCGCACAUAGCUAUAAACUGAAACGUAUGUACAUGUAUGAUUGAUAUGGCCUCUCGUCUUCAAGACAUGUCACAAAACCUCACCGUGAGGAAACGGAGAACAAGAGGAUGAACGAGUGAAAAGCGUGCGAGAAAAGAGGAUAUGAUAAUGACUUUGAGAGAGAAAACAAAGAUGAAGCUUUUUUGCAGUGAGGAAACGGAGAUGGCGGCGGAAGAUGGAUUUCCGAAGCGCUUAUGCGGAGGGUUUCCUGUGGAUCUGAGGGGAACGUACACGUGUCGGUUAUCAUGGAUGGAUAAAUAUGGAUUUGAUCCAACCGUGGAUGUGCUGCAUCUAUCUAUAUUUAUGUUUUCCUGUAUUUCAGCUCUCAUUGGUAGGAAUAGGCCGAACAGCAGCAUUCAGAGUAUUUCUUUUUUUUGUUAGAAGAUCCCCGCCGGCCUCUUCCCUCGGACUAAUCCCGAAUUCUCUUGACGGAUAUAAAUUGGUUUAGGUUCUUAAUUACUGUAUAACGCCCACAAUAACGAUUCAAAAGAAUUGUCAUACCCAGAUGUCUCGCCUUUGAGCACCAAAAUCGAUUCUCCCAUGUUGGGGCGGGUACAAAUGGAGGAGGGAAAUGGGGAAGGUGACGAUCCGCCGAUUUCGGAAUCGGGGCAAUCGGAUUGGUGGGCAAAUUUCUACAGAGAUAUAUUGGCGGGGGCGGUGAUGGGAGGUGUGGUUCACACAAUCGUGGCUCCCAUAGAGAGGGCAAAGCUUCUGUUGCAGACACAGGAAAGUAACAUGGCAAUCUUGGCGGGGGGAACUCAUAAAAAGUUUAAGGGUAUGUUGGAUUGUAUAGUGAGGAUUGUUAGGGAAGAAGGGUUUCUCUCUUUGUGGAGAGGGAACGGAAGCAGCGUUAUCAGAUACUAUCCUUCUGUUGCUCUCAAUUUCUCCCUAAAGGACCUCUAUAGGAAUAUCCUGCACAGCAACUACGACAAGGGACACUUCUUGGCAGGCCCAUCUGCCAAUUUCAUCGCGGGGGCCGCGGCCGGAUGUACAACGCUAGUAAUCAUCUACCCCCUUGAUAUUGCGCACACACGUCUUGCCGCUGACCUUGGGAGAACUGACAUGCGCCAAUUCCGAGGCAUCUCCCACUUCUUAAGAACGAUCCAUAAUAAAGACGGGAUUCGCGGGGUCUACCGUGGCCUCCCUGCCUCUCUGCAUGGGAUGAUCAUCCACCGCGGCCUCUACUUUGGUGGUUUUGACACCUUAAAAGAUAUGAUGAUGUCAUCAUCCAAACCAGAAGUGGCGUUGUGGAAACGCUGGGUGGCGGCUCAGGGGGUCACGACAUUAGCCGGGCUUUUGUCGUAUCCACUCGAUACAGUCCGUAGACGAAUGAUGAUGCAGUCCGGAUCAGGGGCGCCGCCCAUGUACCGGAACACAUUGGAUUGCUGGAAGAAGAUUUACAGGAUGGAGGGACCCACUUCUUUCUAUCGUGGAGCUCUUUCGAAUGUAUUCAGGAGUGCUGGAGCGGCCGCCGUGCUGGUUUUGUAUGAUGAGGUUAAGAAGUUCAUGGAUUGGACCGGUUUGUAGCAAAAUAUGUAAUACGCAGUAGUUAAUAUAUGAACUCACUGAUUUUGAAAGGACACUGGUUUUUUUUCUUAGUUUAAGUUUUUAAAAAACAUUUGCCAUUCCCAAUCACUAUUAAUUCCAUUGCUCUCAUGAAAGGGCGGCGGGGCAUAAAAAAAUGGAAAUAAAGAGGAUUGCUGAUUAUCAUUCCCCAAAAAUGAUACUCCGUAUUUAACUCGCUCAUACGAUAGUAUAUUGAUCUACUGGCUGAAAAUAAUGUUUAUACUUUUGUUUCUGUAUCCUGAUUUACCAAUCCAAACAACCCACAACAUUGUUUGGAAUUUGGAUCAAGGAAAAUUGUAGGUUUGUUUUACAUUUGGGAGCCAUUUGAUAACACUGAAGUUGGUUGAAUUGGCUGAUUCUACUUAAAUUUAUGAAGUUCCGGC